UUUUCACUGUACGCGCUGACAGCUUGGCUCUGGGGUCCUUACAUUCAGGCUGUAACCCGAAAUAGGUGCGUCAAGCACCACAGCUCAAUUCACACGCAAAGCCAGGAAAGUCCCAAACAACUUCACCCGAGGUUGAAAGAGAAACAAGGUUUCACCGUCAAUCCUAAGGCUGGCCCCACAAGAAGCACGAAGUCCAACGUAAAAACUUAUUUUUCCUCAGCGGUUUGCCGGGUUCUUGGCGCCAAAACAAACCAUCGGGUCCGUCCCCUACCGGAACUAUACGGCACGUAAGACACGUAACCAACAACCCUCCGCCUCGCUAAAUAGUCCUGUCUAGGAUUUGUCGUAUACACAACUUUUCACCUCAAAACGCCUUCCAGGAAUUAAAAAUAAGACUCGGAGGUGGAGCACCCUUCUGUUCGAAUAGAAAUGUGGGUUUUCUAAUCAUUUCCUUUACACAGAUUCCUCCGCCAGAAAUUGUAUUGCUAACUCUUCACUUCCGGGUCCGCCAUUUUGUUACCUCCAUUUCUCCACGAGGGGGGGUUAAAGGCCCCCAAAAUAUGCAUAUAUGAAAAGGCCAAAAAGUAACCGCCACUGACAGGGAGUCUUAACUAGUGAAGCAAACGGGACCAAACUGGCGGGCUCGGUGAAAGCGCAGCCGGCAGCGUCCCGGACGAGUUAUAGCUUCCUGAAAACUUUUGUCCCUAUGCAUGAAGAUGUCUUUGGUGGACCUGGGGAAGAGGUUGCUAGAAGCAGCAAGAAAAGGCCAAGAUGAUGAAGUGAGAACAUUGAUGGCAAAUGGUGCUCCAUUCACCACAGAUUGGCUUGGAACAUCACCCCUCCACCUUGCAGCCCAGUAUGGUCAUUAUUCCACAGCAGAAGUGCUCCUUCGAGCAGGCGUUAGCAGGGAUGCCCGGACCAAAGUGGACAGGACCCCCUUGCACAUGGCUGCAGCUGAUGGACAUGCGCACAUCGUGGAACUGCUUGUUAGGAAUGGUGCAGAUGUGAAUGCCAAGGACAUGCUGAAGAUGACAGCUUUGCAUUGGGCCACAGAGCACCACCAUCGAGAUGUUGUAGAGCUACUUGUCAAAUAUGGAGCUGAUGUCCAUGCUUUCAGCAAGUUUGAUAAAUCUGCCUUUGACAUAGCCCUGGAGAAGAACAAUGCUGAGAUUCUGGUCAUCCUUCAGGAAGCAAUGCAGAAUCAGGUUAAUGCUAAUCCCGAGACAGCCAACUCUGUGACUAUGGCUGCCCCAUUCAUCUUUACGUCAGGAGAAGUUGUCAACCUCGCUAGCCUUGUUUCUUCAACCAACACCAAAACAACCUCAGGUGACCCCCAUGCCUCCUCAACAGUACGCUUCUCAAGUUCUACCACCUCAGUGCUGGCCACCCUUGCAGCUCUUGCUGAGGCAUCAGCCCCCCUCUCCAACUCACACAGAGCCACAGCUAAUUCAGAGGAAAUCAUAGAGGGAAAUUCUAUUGAUUCAUCAAUCCAGCAAGUGGUGGGGAGUGGAGGCCAGAGGGUCAUCACCAUAGUGACCGAUGGAGUCCCUCUGGGUAAUAUCCAAACUGCCAUCCCUACUGGAGGCAUCGGGCAGCCAUUUAUUGUAACUAUGCAAGAUGGACAGCAAGUUCUAACUGUACCUGCUGGUCAGGUUGCAGAGGAGACUGUAAUUGAAGAAGAAGAGGAAGAAGAAGCAGAAAAGUUGCCACUGACUAAGAAACCAAGGAUAGAAGAGAUGACAAACAGUGUAAAGGAAAGCAAGGAAGGGACUGAAAGAGAGCUACUACAGCAGCAGCUUCAGGAGGCCAAUCGAAGAGCACAGGAAUACCGACACCAGCUCCUAAAGAAAGAGCAGGAGGCAGAACAGUACCGCCUGAAGCUUGAGGCCAUGGCCCGACAGCAGCCCAAUGGAGUUGAUUUCACCAUGGUUGAAGAGGUGGCUGAGGUAGAUGCUGUAGUAGUCACAGAGGGGGAGAUGGAAGAAAGAGAGACGGAAGUGAUUGGGGCAGGAGGGACCACACAGCCUCAUGCUGGAGUUUCCAUGGAAACUGUUUCAUCUUAACAUGCAAGGGCCACAACUUGUACUAGGUCCAUCUUUUUCCUCUUUUUAAAAGAAAAUACAGAGGACAAACAUUGUAUAAAAAUUAAGAAUGUCCUUAAGAAGAAAACUAUAGCAGGGUACAAUUCUUGGGCUCAGGAAGGCUCUCUGUGUAACUGGAAAAUUCAAAACUUCUUCUGAGGGACCAAAAGAAUGAGAACCAAAUUUCUCAGUUCACAGCAUUGCUUUAAGCAUAGAGGUAAAAGAAUGCUGGAUGUUGUGGGUUGAUUGUUUUUUAAAUAACUGACUUUGUAUCAAAAGAUUUUAAGAUGACUUUCCUAAUAUGGACACACCGAGAGCCUUUAAUAAUUGUACCAUUAGGUGACCUGAAAAUUUGUCUUAGAUUUAUGAUGUGUACCUUUUAGAGAAGAAAAUUAAUUGGGAGGGAGGUUAGAAGCAAGCCUUGGGGAAGAGAAAGGAA